GCGUGUGCUGGUUGACGUCGAUACGAGGUAGAUGCAUCAAGUUAAAUAAUUUGCUCCGAAGCGACACAUUUUUAUUGUGCGUGUCAAUCUUUUUGCCAAUAAAAUAUAGACUUUGUGAUGGUUAUUUCAUUUAAAUGUAAUUUUUACGUGGGAUAAAAAUUCAAAGUCACGUCGAUCCCAGCAACACUAUAUUCAUGCCAUUAUACCAAAUGACAGGAAUUUUACAAUGAUAUUUAUCGUGUAGUUGCCAAUAUAAUUAUUAUAUAGAUAGGUAUCAAGUAUAGUCAGAUGUAGGUACAUCACAGCGUCGAGCGGAGUGUGUUUUUGGAUAACUUUUUUUUCGUCGUCGUAUUUAUUGUCAAUAAUUUUUUAUCAUCUAUACUAAGUGAAGAGAUUAUUCAGCCACUUGUGUUGGUUAUGAUAUAAUACGCUAAUAAGUAUAUGCGCAGAGUUUCGCAACACGUCCAAAGCGAAUCGACGUCACGUUAUCGAUCCGCAAUCCUCUCGUAUAUGCAAAUAUACUUACGACGAGUAUACAUAUGCGUACAAACAUCUAUACAAUUCGUCUUUUACAUUAACUGAAACUGUGUACUACAUCGGUAAACGUGUUACGUGUCUUAUCGUCAGUACAAAGCACCACCAUUGACACUAACCAGUAUGAUUAUGAACACCGUCAAAGCUCUGCAGAGUUCUGCAAUCGUGCUAGCGAUCGUAUUCGUAGCGUCUUCAGCAUCGCAUUCUAGGAUUGGAUUCGAUAAAUACCAUAACCACAAAGAGAUGACUCAAUAUUUAAUAGAAAUAACUGAAGAAUUUCCCAAUAUUUCAUCGCUGUAUUCGAUUGGAAAUUCGGUUUUAAAACGUGAACUGUGGGCAGUUAAGUUAACUACUGCAACUGAACUUCUGGGUGUACCUAACAUCAAAAUAGUCGGCAAUAUACACGGUAAUGAGCCUGUAGGAAGAGAAAUCAUUUUACAUCUAAUUCAAUAUUUAUUGGAUAACAAUUCGAAAAACGAAGCAAUUAAAAAUCUGUUGCAAACCACCGUCAUUCACUUAUUGCCGAGUAUGAAUCCGGAUGGAUUCGAAAUGUCCAGGCCAUUACCUUGCCCUAACGAUGGAAUGCAUUUUUCAGGUUCUAGAAAUAACGCAAACACUUAUGAUUUGAAUCGAAAUUUUCCGGACAAGUUCAAUCCACACACAAAUCCACUGCAACCCGAAACCAAAGCAAUGAUAGAGUGGUUAAAAUCUGUACCGUUCGUAAUGUCUCUAAGUUUACAUGGUGGCGCUUUGGUCGCCAAUUUCCCUUACGAUGGUUCACCGGAUUCGAUACCAGGAAAGCUGCAGAAAUUAAACGAAACAUUGAAAAUCGUCGAUGUGUUUGAACUCUACGAAAUAUUUCGAAAUGGUUCUAAUUUAAACUAUGAUAGUAAAGACUGGGAGAGUUUAACACCAGACGAUGACGUAUUUCGAUUUUUAGCAAAACAAUAUGCUGACUUGCACCCAACUAUGCAUAAUGGUUUAAGCUGCGAAGAAGACUAUUUAAAAUUCAAAGAUGGCAUAACAAAUGGAGCUGCUUGGUAUCAAAUAAUAGGAAGCAUGCAAGAUUACAAUUACGUAUGGCACGGGUGUAUGGAAAUCACUUUGGAAAUGUCUUGUUGCAAGUAUCCACCAGCCACAUUAUUAGAACCUCACUGGAAAGAUCAUUUAAAGCCACUUUUGACAUGGAUGCGACAAGCGCAAAGAGGUAUUAAGGGUAUUGUCACGAACCGAAUAACUGGUAACCCAAUACCAAACGCCAUGGUUAGCCUCACGGAUCGUGAAAAUUAUGUCAACACGACCGUAAACGGAGAAUACUGGAAAAUACUACUUUCUGGUGUAUACAAAUUGCGUGUGAAAGCAAUUGGAUACCAUGAGAAAAUCGUACGAGUUAAGGUACCAGAGAUACCCAAGGAUCAAGAUCCUCAGCCGCAAUUGGUGAAUAUCCAGUUGGAACCGACGAAAAAGACGAUAGGUGACAGCAGCAGCACCGUAAGUGAUAACGAUCACUACAACACUUAUUGGGUGUUGGACGGUGACCGACACGGCGCAACGGAUCGGUUGGUGACGGCUGCCGAUAUGGAUGUCGUACUUCUUGAUACGGGUCGGCCGUUGGAUGACGUAAAAAAGUCGUCCGUCGACAAGCAUUUGUUAUCGGAGGUGGAUGCGGAGGUCGAGGACGACAACGAAAAUGACGACUACUCCGAUCGCAAUGGUAAAAUAUACGACAUCAUUCGGCUGCAAUCGAUGCAACCGCCGUUGCCCGUUCAGUCAUCGUCCUCCCGUUACGGUAACCAUUUUCCAUCUCACGUAACCAGCGUGGUAACAAUGCUGUGCCUAUUGCCGUUCUCGUAUUUCGUCGUCCACGUACUCUCGUGAUCGUCAUCAUCGAUGAUUAAAAUGUUAGCUUAACUUGCAUUAUAACAUCAUCGUACUCGUAUUCUUAGAUAAUAUUGUAAUUUAACUAAGUACACGAACUAAUACAACCUAAUGGUUGAUAGUUACAAAACUUGGUUGCGGCUAACGUACAGUUCAAUGUCCAUUGUAAGUUUAUAUUAUAAUGUAGCUACACGGGGAACGCACGAAAUAUCAAAAUCUUGGGGUUUACAAUAAUACGAUGUCCAAUAUAUGGCAAUAUCCAUCGUUUUCAAAUUUAUUAUACCUGGUGAUUAUUUUAACGUAGAAAACUCACAUUAAUUCAAUAACUAUUUAAAUUUUUGAAGAUAUUAUCUUUCAUGAUUUAAAAUCGUUAGCAUCUAUCUAUAAAUACAUAUAUACUAAUAACUUAAUUCAUUAUUUAUUAAUUUAUCAUUGAGUUAUAAUAAUACAGCUAAGAAUAAUCAUUGUCGCUUAUUGUUAUGAUGUUUGUACUGAGUUAUCCGUUUUAAGUAACACUCAUUAUUUUAGAAAGCUUUUGGUUUUUAAAAGAUUUGCUUUACUUAAUUUUAAGUCGUUAUUUAAAAGUUGAAACUAACAAAUUUAAAAAAAAAAUGAUAUUUUAUAAUUUUUUAUUGUUAUAUGGAUUUUAAGUUUUUUACAUUUUUAGACGAUGAUAUGUAUUUUAAUUUUAUACCUACUGCUCCUAAACACAAUAUACUUUUAAGUUAUAACUUAUAAGUAAGGCUCGGGUUUUAAAACAUAUGCUUCUUUUUUUAUAUAUGAGAAAAAAAUCAAAAUUGUAUGUAUAAAUUCGUUUCAUUUCAUUCUAAUUCCAAAUAAACCAAUUUAUUUUUUAUUUCUUCAGAUAUUUUUUAUGUAAAUGCUUUUUUCAGUUAUUUCAGCUAUAGAUUUUUUUAUAUGUUUAUUAAUUUAUUAUGCUACUAUAGUAAUAAUACAAAAUUGAAUUAAUAAGAAACGUAAAAACCUAGAAUGCUUUAUAUUAUUAUUAUUGUUUUCGUUAUCGGCUGGAUUAUUAUAUCUAGCUUGCAGUACCUAUACAGUAUACAGUCAGUAUGACUUUAACAUCGAUAUCGACCAUUUCAAAAUUUAAGAUUUAGUGUUGUAUUUUGAAACCUCUUGUAGAAGUAUGCACCGAUCAAUUCAGUGGAUAUAGAGAGUCGUAUUCCAUGUAUAAAAAUAUUCUGUCGGACAAUAUAUAGAAUCAGUUUUGCUACUGCAAAUUUUUAGAAAUACAUGGAAAUCAAUUCUUUUUUAGUUUAAAUUCUUUUUUCAAAUUUUUUAAAUUAUUUUUAUAACAGUUCGUGUUAAUUUUUGAUAAUGUUUUUUUUUUAAAUUAAAUAUACAUUUUUUUGCUUUUUUAGUUGCUUAUUAUGCUUUAAAAUUCGUGCCCUACUUAUAAGUAUUUAAAUUAUGGAUGUGCAAAGUAAUAAAUCAGCAUUUUGUAUAAUGACCACCUUUCGCCCGACUCCGCUCAUCUAAACUUUAAAUAUUUAACUAUUAUAAUUAUUACUCAUAAGCUAUUAGUCUAAAAUUUGGUUUUUAUGUAAUGAAUUACGUACUACUCAAAAUAAUUUGCUUUGCAAAUGAAAUUAAAUAAAUUAAAAAAAACUAUAACAUUAAGAAAUAGUAAUUAAUAUUUUAAUUAUACAAUAUUUUAAAGCAAAAAAUUAUCCGGAAUAUUUUGAUAUUAUGUUAAAUAAAAUUUUGGACGAAUAGUUUAUGUUAUAGCCUAUAGGUUUAGUCAAAUGCAAUAAAAAUACAGAGGUCCAAGCAAAAUGUUGGUUUAAUACUCCAUUUAAAUAACCUUGAAAAUUGAAAUACCUAUAAGUUAUAACCAUACUGUUACUCAUGUACCUACUGCUUUUUCUAAAUUUCCAUUAGUAUAUUUAAGUCACGUUAAAAUAUUAUGUAGCAAGUUUUUUUUUAUCAUUAUAUUAUAAUGUUUUGUUUUAUAAUAUUAACAUGGGUGUCAAAUGUCAAUCAUUAAUUUAAGAAAAUGUAACUUUUUUUAAAGUUGGAUUAUUUUUAGUAGGUGUAUAAUAUAAUAUAUACGAGGUACACGUUUAUGCAAUCAAUUAUCGUCUCUCAAGUAACACCUAUACAAUUGUUCUAUAAAUGCGUCCCACCGACUAUUUUAUAUUAAUGUGUUAUAUAAUAUAAUAUAUUAUAUUAUUGUGUUGUCAACUUUCAUUAUAUGUUUACUGUGUAUACAAUAACAAUUUUUUUAGUCUAACAUAUUAACCAUACUUUAUUGCAUCACAUAUCUAUGUAAAAUUUGCAUACAGACCGAAAAGUUGUUUAGCCGUUCUCGAUGAACGUUUCGCGUGCGACGAUUUAUUGCUUUAAAAAAUUACAAAUACGGAAAAUAUCAAUACUUACUUUUUAUCUUUUUAAAUCAAUUUUCAUUUCAUUUCGGUCCUUAAGCGUUUAAUUUACGUUUUUAUGAUUAAAAUAGUACAUAUUAUAAGUAAUAUUUAUGUGAUUUGUAAACAGCAUAGUACUAUUUACUUAACUAACUACUACUUUUUGUCAGUGAAAUAUUUUGUCGGUUUAUAUACUGCAGUGUGGCACUAUAUUUUAAGUUAUAUUUACUGUGUAUAUAAUUCCAUUCGACAGAGUUUUUUCGUGUCCGGCGGUUAUUGUCUUGUUGACCUACUACUACUACUAUUAUUAUUAUUAAUGUUCUUAAAUAUUCCGUGUAUGUUUUUGUUUACCAGCUAUAUGUAAGAUUGAACUUUAACUUUUGAUGUAUGUGCAUAUUUUUUAAUCUAUAUUCUAUACAAACUAACGUAGCUUACACGAUUAAAAAUCUGAUCACUGAUAUAAUAUUUUAUACGUUUUGCGUGCCUAUUAUAUUUUAACAGGGGUGGCCAAACUUUUUUUGGUCACGAUCUACUAAAAAUGUACUUCACCUUUGAGGAUCGACUUCCAUAUAAUUUUUUUUAUUAUUAUUGAAUAACUAUAAUUAUUAAGAUACAUAUAGGGCGAGUGGCUCUAAAAAUAAAUUCUAACACAAUCGACUUUGAAAUAGUCCAAGAUCGACUGUUUGGCCGUCCCUGAUAUAUAAUAUUAUAACGUGGUCUUUGAAUUUUGUGCGGCGUUCAUAUUAUACGAAAUAUUUUAAACUACUCGCACAUUAAAAAUCAAAGCAUCCAUACAACUAUUCGAUUACAAUAUUUGUAAUAUUUAUAUUUUAUUAUACUAAUAAUUAAUAAAUAAUAAUAUAAUUAUAUUAA